AUGAUUAUGAAAUCUGCUACCGAAGCGCCUGAUUUCAAUCCCUCGCUCCAACCCUCCCCAGAUCGAGCUUACUCCUAUGCCGAAGCCUACAUCCCCGCACUCACAACGCAAUGUCACGCGUCAAGCCUUCUCCUCCUACCUAACGGCGACUUGCUAUGCGCCUGGUUCGGUGGCAGCAUUGAAGGCCGGCCCGAUAUUUGCAUUUACAUGUCCCGGCUUCCGGCCGGAGCCAAGGUCUGGACCCCAGCUGUGAAGAUGACACACGAUCAUACGCGCAGCGAGCAGAACCCUCUAUUGUUCCGCGUUCCUACCACUGGAGAGAUCCGACUACUAUACACAUCCCAAGAUGCCGGGAACCAAGACUCGGCUAUUGUGAAGCAAUUAAUCUCCGUCGACAACGCAGUCAAUUGGUCGGGCCCGACUAUCUUAUUCAAUGAGCCGGGGACGUUCAUUCGACAGCCGGUCAUCGUGUUCAAGGAUGGGACAUGGGUAGUCCCAAUUUUCAAAUGUCGAGCUGAGCCAGGCGAACGAUGGCUUGGGAGCGACGACAUCUCGUGUAUUCGGAUAUCCAAGGAUGAAGGACAAACAUGGGCGGAGAGAGAUAUUCCGAAUAGCUAUGGAUGUGUACAUAUGAAUAUCCAGCGGCUGAAGAGUGGCACAUAUCUUGGGCUAUUCCGAAGUCGGUGGGCGGAUAAUGUUUAUUUGUCGACAUCUCCAGAUGGGUUGGACUGGAGUGAGCCCAAAGCCACCGUUCUUCCCAAUCCAAAUGCGGGUAUUUGCUUUGAUGUCCUGCCUUCCGGUCGGAUUGUGCUGGUUUAUAACCAUUCCUCUAGAGAGGAUGCUCUUGGUCGGCGCGAUGGUCUUUACGACGAUAUCAGCGAUGGUACUGAUACGCGCGCUAACCAGGCGAGUAAGCACGGGAAAGAAGCUUUCUGGGGUGCUCCACGCGCGCCAUUGUCUGUUGCGUGGAGUGAUGAUGAGGGGGCAACCUGGAAGUGGAAGACACUUGAGGAAGGUGAUGGGUUCUGUUUGACGAACAACAGCGAAAAGAAGCUGAAUCGCGAGUUGUCGUAUCCUAGUAUCUUGAUUGAGAAGAACGGCGUGAUACACAUUGCUUUUACUUUCUGGAGACAGCGUAUCAAGUACGUUCGACUCGGGGAGGACUUUUUCUGA